AUGUUAUUUUUGUUUCAGUUUUGGGCCGCCUAUGUACCUUGUGAUUCGCAAAACAGAGACGCAGUUCAGCUUACUUUGGAACAAAUUGAUGUUAUUAGAAGAUUAACAGAAUUAUACAAGCCGUCACUCACUUUAUGCACUUCAGCUGAGGAUAUAAAAGCUGCCUACGGAAGACAUCAACUUUGCUCAUUAAUCGGCGUAGAAGGGGGACAUUCGCUAGCGGGAAGUUUGGCAGUAUUGCGAACUCUAUACCACGUCGGAGUUAGGUACCUUACCUUAACGUCAACUUGUAAUACACCAUGGGCGGAUUGUUCUCACGAAGACAUGCCCGGAAAGAAACCCGAACAUGGCGGUUUAACAAACUUCGGAAAGAGUGUGGUGAAGGAGAUGAACCGUUUGGGGAUGAUAGUGGAUUUGUCUCACGUAUCCGUAAGGACAAUGAGAGACGCCCUGGCCGUAUCUAAAGCUCCCGUUAUAUUUAGCCAUUCGUCUGCUCACGCCCUUUGUAAUUCUACUAGAAAUGUGCCGGACGCCACUCUAAGAAAGCUGGCGUUGAAUAAGGGCGUUAUAAUGGUUAAUUUUUAUUCCCAUUUCCUUACCUGCAAAGAUGUGUCAACGGUUGCCGAUGCAGUUGCCCAUAUCAAUCACAUUCGAGACGUUGCUGGAGUGGACAAUGUUGGUCUUGGUGCUGGAUAUGAUGGCAUUAAUUACGUACCAAAAGGAUUAGAAGACGUGUCAUCCUAUCCCACGCUGUUUGCGGAAUUAAUCGGAACUGGAAGAUGGAGCACUGAAGACUUGAAGAAAUUAGCCGGUUUGAACUUUUUAAGGGUUUUUCAAGAUGUGGAGAAAGUCAGAGACGAAUUCCAAAAGGCUAAAGUACCACCGUACGAAGAUGUAAUGGUACCUAGGUCUAAUCCCAAUAAUUGCAGCUCUCAGGAUUUAUUUUGAUUGUGGCGAAUUGUAGCAUUCAUUCCCAUAACAAACCUCAACCAGUAACUGUUUAGGCAUUUUAAGAUAAAUAUUUGUAUUGAAUGUAUUGUGAUUGACAUGUUGAUUAAAAAAUGGUGCUAUGUAUUUUUAAGACACUACCUAUUGUAGAUAUUCCCAAGAUUUGUUUAUGGCCCAAAAGUGUUCAUGACUAUAGUAUCCCUACCAUGAAAGAUUAUUCCUCCAUCACCGUUUGUUACAUCUUCUUCUUCAUGAGACCGUAAUGAUACAGGGUCAAACUUUCGUGGCAAAGAUAAGACGUUUGUGUCCGUAUGAUCACGAAGUUGGUUGCUAAUGGCAGAAGUAGGUGUCGAAUAGGGUAGAAGUUGUUUUUAGGAUAAAUGGAUAGGUACAUUAUGUGGUGCAUUAGCAUCUUCCUGCCAAUUUUUCAUUUCAAUAUUAAUAAGUGUCUAUGCGAGAUGGAUAGGGGUGAGAUGAUAAAUAACUAGUGAAACGGUAGAAACGCCAACCCAUUCAAUUGACAGAUAAAAUUGCUUUCCCAGAAUAAAAUACACAUUAAAAAUACUUUAAAUUGCUUAACCUUUUUUUAUAUGGUUGUGUACUUACUAAACCAAAUCUUCAGCUAUUAGUGUCUACAUAUUUAAAUGCUUUGAUAGUGCAAUGACUGAAUAAAAUAUAUAAGUUAGUAUAUUAAAACUGCUAAUGCAUACAAAAAGAGGAAUUAAACUAGCUUGUUUUACUAUUAUAAAUAGGUCGUUUAUCGACGUUAAGUGAAAUAUAUAACUAAGAAAAAUGUGAUUAAUUAAUUAUGUAUUGGAGCACGGGGAAACCAUCGACCAUGUGUCCACACCCAUAGGUGAAAUAAGUUAGAUAUAUCAAUUAUUAAAUUGCGUAAUAAUACAUAAAAGCCUUAAUAAUUGUUUAAGAAUAGGUAUGUAAAUAAAUAUCUCAGUGUAAAAAGUAAAAUUCUAAAUAAGAUGUAUAUAAUGUAGUAGAUCCCUGUGUGUAAUUAGAAAUUGACAUUUUGAUCUUAAAUGGCUUAUUGUUAUAAUUGUGUAAAAAAGUUGUGUUAACAUUAAUUAUAUAAUAUAAGAAUAGGACCAAUUUCUUACUAUUUCUACAUAUUUUAAUAGUUUUGAAAUAUCAUGUAUCCUAACUAAAGUAUAUUGCCCCUGAAAUACUGACAUAUCAUAGAUUAUAUAUUGUU